CCAAAGACAUUCAACAUAUUCAUUUAACCAUUUUAUAUAUACUGUAUUGAAUUUAUGAAAAAUGUUAAAUAAGUGUUAACUGUUAAUUUUACAAUUGCCUAAACCGAAGAAUAAAAUUUACUUCAUAUUGCAUGUGUGAUGUGAUAUCUAAUAAGAAACCUUUUUUACUCCUGUUUACUCCUCUUUGAUGAUGGCAAUAAUGAACAUAUAUAUGUAAACGUAGGUAAAUUUUAAUCAAUUAUCAGUCCACUGUUGAGAUUCGAUUGCAUAGAUGCGUCGAAUUGCAUAGUUGCAGGACACAUUCAUAUCUACUACGUUGUGGAUUUGUGCUCUGAAAUCGAUAUACCUAAGUUAUCAAACGUAGCUGUAUUAGAGGUUCAACAUGGCUGGUGUUUGGUCUAUGGGUCCUGGUACAUAUGAAGUUCCAUUGUCCUUGUUUGCUAAGAAUAGAGAUAGACUUGCAGAAAAGUUGAAGAGUGGCCAAGUAGUUGUUCUGCAAGGUGGAGAUGAUAUAAAUCUCUAUGAUACUGACAUCCAAUAUGUCUUCCGACAGGAAGCAUAUUUUACAUGGGCUUGUGGCGUACGAGAGCCAGGCUGCUAUUUUGCUCUUGAUGUAAAAACCAAGAAAAGCAUUGUCUUUGUGCCUCGUCUGCCAGAUGAGUAUGAAAUUUGGAUGGGCAAACUACUUAGUUGUCAAGAUUACACCAAUAUGUAUGGGGUUGAUGAAGUCCGCUAUGUUGAUGAGAUCUGCGACGUAUUAAAAUCACUCGAACCUGACACUUUGCUAACACUUAGCGGUCCAAACACUGAUAGCGGACUAACUGCUGUGGAAGCUGUGUUUGAGGACAUUGAUGAAUUUAAAGUGGACAAUGAAACACUAUUUCCGAUUAUUGCUGAACUGCGCGUCAUCAAAACGCCAGAGGAGAUAGAAGUAAUGCGUUACAUAUGCAAAGUAUCGUCCGAUGCUCAUAAACAGGUUAUGCUCUACGCUAAGCCCGGCCUUCUGGAGUAUCAAUGCGAAUCAGUAUUCCUCGAUUAUUGUUACCGUGUGGGCGGGUGUCGCCACGUGUCCUAUACAUGUAUAUGCGGCUCGGGUGACAAUUCUGCCAUUUUGCACUACGGACACGCCGCAGCUCCGAAUAAUAAGAUGUUAAAGGAUGGGGAUAUAUGUUUAUUCGACAUGGGUGGCAACUAUGCUGGGUACGCCGCAGACAUCACAUGCUCUUUCCCUGCUAAUGGAAAGUUCACUGAAGAUCAGAAGCUCAUAUAUGAAGCUGUGCUCGCUGCAAGAGAUGCGGUUAUUAGACAAGGAAAACCGGGAGUCAAAUGGACGGACAUGCAUCUAGCUGCGAAUAGAGCCAUGUUGGAACAUCUCAAGAGAGGUGGACUCUUGAAGGGAGAAGUGGAGAAAAUGAUUGCGUUUGGUGUGAAUGGCAUCCUUCAACCUCAUGGCCUCGGUCACUUGUUGGGUCUAGAUGUGCAUGAUGUAGGGGGUUACCUCAAGCACUGCCCUCCCAGACCCAGCGGGCCCCUUGGAAGACUAAGAACUGCCCGGAUCUUGGAAGCCGGCAUGAUCCUUACUAUUGAACCCGGAUGUUACUUCAUACCAAAGUUGUUAGAUGCAGCUAAACGUACCCAGAAACUGGCGCAGUUCUUUAACUGGGAUGUAAUGGAUAGAUUCAGAGGCUUUGGCGGAGUUCGCAUAGAAGACGACGUGCUCAUCACAGACAAGGGCGUCGAAAAUCUCACAUUCGUGCCCAGAACUGUCGCGGAAAUAGAAGAGUUCAUGGCCAAUGGCGCAAACUUCAAAUAAUUCCAUAUAGAAUUGUAUUCCACGUGUACUCAUACCAAAUCAUUGUAUUACAUCUGUAUUUAUUAUACUAAAGGGUUUUAAUAUAUUUCUUACAAGACUCUAGAAAUAAGUAUACUGUAUUAAUAAUCUUUUUUAAUAAACUAUUUAUUACAA